GCUUGGUGCCCACACCCAGGAGGGUCGGAUCUACACUGAGGAGCAAGAAGAGAAGCACCAUGAAGCUGCUGGCUGUCGCUGCUCUGGUCUGUGCCCUGAUGGCUCUGAGCAGGGCUGAAGCCGCUGCAGAGCCAGAACCCGACGAAGGGAAAGCAGAUGCGAGUGUCGCCAAGAGGUGCCACUGGCAUCACUGGCAUCACUGGAAGUACAGGGGUUGGACUAAGAUUGGUCAUCGCUACUUCUACUACAAUCCUCACCAUCUGACCUGGCGUCAAGCCGAGAGACGCUGUGCUGCCUGGGGUGGACAUCUGGCUUCUGUGCAUUCUCACUGGGAGUAUAAGAAAAUUAGAUGGCUGAUUCGCAGAAAAGGGCACGGGGAUCGCGUGGCCUGGAUUGGAGGCUCCGACAGACACUGCGAGGGUCAUUGGUGCUGGAGUGAUGGUUCCUGCUUCAACUUCAGAAAAUGGUGCUGUGGAGAACCAAACAACGCAGGAAAUCAGGACUGUCUGCAGAUCAAUUUCAGCCACCGGAAAUGCUGGGAUGAUGCUCAGUGUUGGCUCAGACGCCCCUCGGUCUGCGUCAAGCGCUGAUAAUGGUGAUUCCUGAUGUGACAUGCAGGCCUGAAGAUCAUCGGGUGGAUGUGUUAGUUUGCAUGAUCAUCACUGGUUCACAUAGAACCUAAAUGCUCUAAAUCUCUUUAGAUGCUCUAUAUUUCUUUUCUAUCACCAUAAUGCUACAAAACAUGUGACAGGUGACACAAACAGGAGCUGGAUUGUCUCUGAGGCCUCGUGCCCGUAGUAACAUCAGACUGGAUGUUUAAUGGAAAGAGUGUUUUAAGCAAAAACUUGCAUAUCUGAACUGUUCUCUCUAAUCUGUGCAAUAUAAUAAAGCUUCAAGCAUUGAAAAAA